AUGAGGCGGGCGGCUCCCCACAGCCGGCUACUAGCGCAGCGGCAGCAGGUGGAGGAGAAGGAGGAGGAGGCGGUGGCGGAGGGACGGGACGGGACGCGCCGCCCUCCGCGCCCCUCCCCUGGCGGAGCCGUACGGAACGGAACAGCACCGGGGGAGCGGUGGAUGCCAGUGCCCUGCGCUAACGGGCUCGGGGGGGGCCGCCCGGUCCCGGCGGGGGCAGCCGCGGUACCUCGGGCGGGGAAACCGCUGGAUACCGUGGCGGAGGGGGCACGGCCUCGCCUUGCCCGGCGGCGGUGCUGGGCGGGUGUCACCGGGCGGUUAGCUUCGCCCUUAGCGCGUCUGCAGGGAAAGGACGAUCGUGCCUGUCAGGGCGGUGAGACCGAGCUCCCUCCGCAAAGGGGGGAACCGCGAGUAUUGGACCCGGCGCUCGCGUCCCUUGAAGGUAAAUGCGUAUUGCAGAGCUCUGCAGCCCGAGUGAGGGGAGAGCACAUCCAUCUUACGAUCUCGUCUGUCCUAGGGGGAAACGAAAGUGAUUCAGAUUCACAGCCUCCUAUAACCCAAGACAAGCGGCGUGCUCCUUUUGCAGUCUGGCAGGUGCGCUGCAUGUGGAGCAAAACCCGCUGUGACAGCAUGAGCAGCCCCUCAGUGUGGUUUGUUCCAGUUGUCAGAGCCAAAACGCACUCCAUCUCUCUUUUUCCGAGGUCAAUGGCCUGCGAUGUUCGAGGCCCAGGUUCCUUUCCUGGCUGUGGCAUAAAGAAAGUCAUGUCUCUGACUAUGGAUCAUCUUGUCGAUCUCAUUUAUUUCUCCCAUCAGUGUUCUGUUCUGAGUAAAUAAAGUGUAAAAUAAGCUUGUC